CACGCCCCUCGGUGGUGCGGUGCUCUCUGCUCCGGCGGCGGCGGCGGCGGCGGCCAUCCUGGAGUAGGCCGCCAAAUCGCGGUUCCAGUUGAGAAGUUCCACGUCUCCCCUAUUGCAGCCAUGCCCCACCGGAGCGCACUCUCUCCGGCGCCGGCGGCCUCCCGAGGAGAGGAAUCUCGCUGCCUUGCAGAUCCGCUGCCGCCUCCUCAUCUAAGGACUGAAAAUGGCAUGAAAUUCGGCCUGUAGGAUGCAUGAUUCGCUGAUAUUCUCAGCGAUAUAAAGUCGCACAUUGCACUUUGUGAAAUACGGAGUGCUCAAUUGUGGAACAGCAGAAUAAGGUGUCAGGUGCUAAUAGGUGGGAAAGAUCGAAAUGUAUUCAGUGCUAGUGCUAUGGAUUGCCGAGAUUUUUAAGAUAAGGCAUGAUUAAUUAAACUGUAGAAUGAUCCUGUGAUAUUCUCCGCACAAUGAAAGUGGCAAUCAAAGGGGAGCCCAGUGAGGAGGAAUGCACUGCAGGAAAAUACUGAGUUGGAGAUACAUCAGAGGAAAAGCAGAGCAAGUACUCUUACGUGAUGUUCAUGGGCGACACCACUGUGAUACUUUCUCCUGUGGACAUCUCCAUAAUAUAUCACAUCCUUUCCGCCGGCAAGGGGAUCCACAUGGGUGCGGUGUUCAAUCAUAUGAGCUGGUUUGCACCGAGAACAAGCCCAAAAUUCAGAUCAACACAGCGACAUAUUUUGUCACUGAGAUCAACUACACCGAUUCGUCCUUCCGGGUCGUUGAUGUCAACUUGGACAUGAACAGCAGCUGCCCUCUUCCUCGCUGGGAUGAGCUUCCUUAUUUCAACGGGAUCCAAAGGUCAGACAAAGACCAGAGCUGGGAAUUGCUCCCUAUGUAUACAGACACAGUGGGUAGCUUUGUGAAUUGCUCGCAGGCGGUGUCACUAACAAAUGAAUUUUAUCAGUAUUCGUACACAUCGGUCCCUUGCCUGAGCAACAACCACUCUUUUGUUUAUAUAGUGACUGAUACUGUGCCUAUUGAAUACUUAGCGCCUUCUUGCGGGUACCUGGCCAUGUUUCUUUUGAGUGAUCCGGGUCCUGGUAACUACUACAAUUUCAGCCAUUAUGCAGAUUUUGUAAAACACCUGAGGCUUGGAUUCUCUGUUCGAUUCCCUCUGCUGGAUCCUCCAAUGAGCAUUAUUGGGCGAAUCAACUUCUGCCUCAACGAGUCGUUUCGCGACCGAAAUCAUGUUACAGGCAACAACAUCAAGAGUUGGACCAUGGACAUCCUUCUUAUGGACUUCAGUUUCUGGGCAUGCAUAUUUGGUGUAAAUUUAAAUAGUAACAAUAUGCUUCUGUACAUGAGGGUCAUGAUUCAUGAUGAUCAAUCAUUUCAUCAUGUUCUGCCCCCAGUAUUUGCUCUGGUGAUUGCGAAGUGGAUUGCUGUACUUUGCAGGAUCCUGCUAGCGCCCCUAGCAGUAUUGAUGUUCCUUGCCCAAAAGUACUGGAAAACAAGGAUCACAAUUGAUGCGGUUGAAAAGUUCCUCCAGAUGCAACAAAUGAUCGGGCCGACGAGGUACGCCUACACAGACAUCGUUGCAUUGACAAGCCACUUCAGAGACAAGCUGGGCCAAGGUGGUUAUGGCUCCGUCUUCAAGGGCGUGCUACUCCCAGGCAAUGUCAAUAUCGCUGUCAAGAUGCUUGAGGGCAGCUCCAACUGCAACGGAGAAGACUUCAUCAGUGAGGUCUCCACCAUCGGCAGGAUCCACCAUGUCAAUGUGGUCCGUCUCGUGGGGUUCUGCUCAGAGGAAAUGAGAAGGGCUCUUGUUUACGAAUACAUGCCUCGAGGUUCUCUUGACAAGUACAUCUUUUCAGCCCAGAAGAGUUUUUCUUGGGACAAGCUCAAUGAGAUUGCUUUGGGCACUGCCCGAGGGAUCAACUACCUGCAUCAGGGGUGCGAAAUGCAGAUUCUGCACUUCGACAUCAAGCCACACAACAUCCUUCUUGACAACAAUUUUGUCCCAAAAGUUGCUGAUUUUGGACUUGCCAAACUGUACCCAAGGGACAACAGUUUUGUGCCAUCUAAUGCCUUACGUGGGACUGUUGGGUACAUAGCUCCUGAGAUGAUAUCUCGGAGCUUUGGUACCAUAUCAAGCAAGUCUGAUGUUUACAGCUUCGGGAUGCUGCUUCUGGAGAUGGCCGGAGGAAGAAGGAACGCUGAUCCAAAUGCCGCGAACUCAAGCCAGUCUUAUUACCCAUCAUGGGUGUAUGACAAACUAACUGCACAAGAGGCGGAUGCUAUAUCUCUGGUUGCUGACAUGCAUGAGUUGGAGAGAAAGCUGUGCAUUGUUGGAUUAUGGUGCAUUCAGAUGAAGUCUCAUGACAGGCCGACAAUGAGCGAGGUCAUAGAGAUGCUGGAAGGUGGCUUCGAUGGCCUGCAAAUGCCUUCCAGGCCAUUCUUCUGCGACGACGAACACACCGCCGUUCCGGAUUCAUACCCUUUGCUAUCCGAGCUGACCGAGAUCUCAGCGGAGGAUGAGAUCUCGGAUUCUUAUGUUUCCCGGGUCCUGUGAACUUUUAUUUGGAAACAUGUAGUAAAAUCUAGCAGUUAAAGAGGGUAUAGAACUCCAACUGCUUAAUUGGUUGAAUGUAAUCAUCUUUCUUGAAGACACAUAUUAUUUGAAUAUAUGAAUAAUAGUUUGCGAAAGCUGAAGUGUUA